AUCACAUCCGCUUCGUGUAAUCUUCCCGGCGCUGCGUCCGAAGGCGAAGGUGGGGCGGAUUCUUUUUUUUUUUUCACUCGUCAACUCUUUGCUAGAGAGUAGCAACUUGGAAGGAAGCGCAUUGUUGUCAGAAAAAGAACUAAAGUUAAGUAGCCUACGGAUGAAGGAGCCGGAGACGGAGAGGUGAGUCCAGACGGAGGAGCGUGCGUCUUAUUGUGCAGCCACAAUCCAGCAGCAGGGGGUCCCAGCCGGGGCUGCAGGAGUCCGACACACCGCGAGCGGUUCCAUUUCGAGAGCACACAGUUCUCCGCUCCCAACGCCACACGUCAAGCGCCUGUCAAUCAACGGCGCCAUGGCGUCCAGUAAGAACAAGAACCAGAGCUCCCUGGUGCUCCACAAGGUCAUCAUGGUGGGCAGCGGCGGCGUGGGCAAGUCCGCGCUCACCCUGCAGUUCAUGUAUGACGAGUUUGUGGAGGACUACGAGCCCACCAAGGCGGACAGCUACAGGAAGAAGGUGGUGCUGGACGGCGAGGAGGUCCAGAUCGACAUCCUGGACACGGCGGGCCAGGAGGACUACGCCGCCAUCCGGGACAACUACUUCCGCAGCGGCGAGGGCUUCCUGCUCGUCUUCUCCAUCACGGAGCAGGAGUCCUUCGCAGCCACCGCAGAGUUCAGGGAGCAGAUCCUGCGGGUGAAGGAGGAGGAGGCCAUUCCGCUGCUGCUGGUGGGCAACAAGUCGGACCUGGAGGAGCGCCGGCAGGUGUCUGCGGACGAGGCCACGGCACGGGCCGCCCAGUGGGGUGGGGUCACCUACGUGGAGACGUCGGCCAAGACGCGGGCCAACGUGGAUAAGGUGUUCUUCGACCUUAUGCGGGAGGUGAGGAAGAAGAAGAUGUCUGAGAUCAAGGACAAGAACGGGCCGAGCGGCAAGAAGAAGAAGCAACGGUGCUGCCUCCUCUAACCAGGGAGGCCAGGUCGCCACGGCAACGACACACACCCCCUCUGCCCCCCCCCCCCCCCCCCCAUCCACGCCGGUGUAGCGACAACGGCCCCACAUCGGUACAACUAGACACACACUAAGAGAAUCCCCUUGACCUCCGAGGGGGGGGGGGGGGGGGUCUACCUCGACAACCGGGGGUCCCAGCUUAACAACUGCUCAUUUUAGGACCCUAUCCUACCCAGGACUGUUCAUGUUGAAGUCGAUGGAUGUGCCGGUGCACACCUAGUUAUUUCGACUGCACGAAUGUGUGUGUGUUACGAAUCCAAUUCAGCAUCUGGGAUAUCACUUAUUUUACUUCCCACAGAACUCUUUUUUAAUUAAUUCUGCGCGGGCAGCUCGCAUCAAAAGCCUCCAUUCCCUAGGGUGAAAAAAUAAAAAGAUUUUCAUGGGAAAGGUUUGCCGAUUUCCAGUGAUCCAGAGAUCCAGUGUGUUUACUCAAUUGAAUGUAGUCACAACAAGAAUUGUUUUGACAAGCCUAUUUCUGUACUUUUAUAAAAAGUCAUCAUGGGUUCCCAUAGCUACCCUCCCCCAUCUCCCAUUAUCACCAACCCCCCCUUCGAUUAUUCAAGGAGAUCACUAAAAAGGGACAUGUUUAGUGCCAAAUAUAUUCUUCUCGUCCUCAUUUAGUGAAAUUUGGUGUUAAAUGGGUCUGGUGUAGGUCAAGUCCUACGGCGUGAUCGUCGGUCUGGUUCAGUUGUAGCGCCACUGAGCUGAGAAAAACUGCGAAAACUAAUGACUCCGACUGCCCUAUUCUCGACAUCUUACAACUCUAUUUGGAAUCUCUUGUGGUCGUGGUGUUUGAGUCAGGUAAAGGGUGAUUUCCUUUAGAAAAAAACGCAAAUUAUCUUCCCUUGUGUCGUAUUAUCAAUGGCGUUAUUUUCAAACCUGUCUUGAAUGACCUAUUAUAAUAAACCAGCUGAUUUCGGAAACGGAUCGUGUUUUUGGGUUAUGUCAUGUGACGAAGGCGGUGGUGGGGGGGGGGGGGGGGGGAGAGAAACUAAAGUACACUAUACUGACCUUUUGGUUUGAACUGCUAAUCAGAUGUUAGCUAGUUUUGAAUUUCUGUCACCAAAGUGCAGUUAACAUGGGAUAAAACCAAAGAGACACCAGCAAAUGUCAUGGAUGGGGCAAUGGCGGAGAAGGGAGUAAAGCCAUUGGUCAAGUGUAUUACUGGUACAGCAGGGAUCGCUCCAAUGCUCUUUGCUUACCAAACCACUUGUAUGUUGAUGGUGGAACAGUCCUCAUUCAUUCAUUCAAAUGUCCUUCCUCUUCCAUAUUGCGACACAGAUAUACAGGACUUAGUGGUCAACGUCAUAGUUUGUUUCUACAGUCGCCCAUGAUGAAACUGGCCUCUUGGCUCAGCAGACCAACCUGUGAGUCAUGUGGUGAAUAUCGUCUGCUUCACACAACCCGUUUAGACCGAAAAAGGGACUCACCUAUUCAUCGUUCGAAGCACAUACGUAUAUAUUUGUACUUUCACAGAGUCUUGUGAUUUUAAUUUUUUUCUAUUGGUUUGUCACACAUUUGUAACACAAACUCAAUACAUUGACCUGCACAUAAAACAAGUAUGCAGUGAAUACCUUUAUAACUGUAUUAUAUAUUUGUAUUAAUAAAGAAAAUCAUAUUUCACAAAGUGA